AUGGCGACCAGUAUGCGGAGAGUGUAUUCGGGCUGGAGGUGGGGGUUUAGCGAUGAGAAUAAAGGUCAUUGUGCGACGUUGUUGUCAGGCACUGGAGCCCUCAUCUAUGUCAUGACAACAAAGACUGCCAAAGCAUCCCUGGUCUCACUCACCCAUGACUACCAACAAGAGCUUAUGGAUAGGGCCCUGGACAAUGUUGCGGCCAAUUUUUCCUCGUCGGCAGCGUGUCUCCAGUCCCUAGCGGCACAUCUUGAGACGGUCGCGAGCCUUCCCAACAUGACCCAAGAAUAUCGGGACGAAUUGGCAUUCCAAGCCAGCCGAUUCUCGUUCUUGAGCUGCAACUUCAAUAAAGCGGGUGUGAUAUUGGAGAAUGGAAAGUUCCUUUUUAUGGAAUUGAUUACUGAUGCUACCAAGCCUCUGGUCGAGCCGACCCUUCAGCUUGACUAUAACAGGAAUACUUACCCGUUAGGCCAAAAGGUGCCUCAGUAUCGAGCGGUCCUCAACGCAUCAAAUGGAUUGCCUAUAUCUGGAUCAGUCGACUUGUUGCCCGAUGACUACCGCACUCGCUCUUGGUAUGAACAAGCUCUGACCUUCGGGACAGCUACCGAGAUUCGUGUCAACGACGUCAGCGGGCAACCUGAGUUCCUAAUGGCAAAAAGAGUACAUUACCUUGAUCCAAGCGAAGGCAGUGCGCAAGGUGUCGUCCGGGUCACGUUCCUCCUUGCGAACAUGGACCAGUUGGUGGCUACUUUCGAUCUGAAGGGUGGGACGAUGUACUUCACCAAUGGUUCUCACCUCAUAGGCAGUAGCGUGAAUGGCUACACGAAAGGCGGGGGCAAUCGUGAGCUUUUACGACCGAGCGAUUCCAACAGCAGCCUUGUUCGACAAGCGAGCACGAUAAAAGCUUCGAAAGGCACACCCGUCGAGGUUCGGAUUGACGGCGUGAAUUACUUCGUCGGAGAGACUGAAAAGGACAUAGGAAACAUUGUAAUCCAAGAAACUUUCUUGCUUCCUAGCAAGUCAGUUCUGGGACACUUUGAAGCUCAGGCAAUCCGCAGCAGGGACAUCUCCAUUGGCAUUGCCUGCGGGAUUGUCUUAUUAGGUUGUCUGGUCGUCUUCACGAUAACGGACCCAAUCACGAAAGAGAUGCGCCACAAAGCCGAGCUUCUUGAGAAUCUUGAGGCGAAGCAGCGCGCUGAGACGCGAGAUGUGUUCAAGACGAAAUUCCUUGCGAGCAUGAGUCAUGACCUUCGCAACCCCUCCGCGGCAAUGAUCGGCCUCUUGGAUGUGCUACUAGAGACACCACACACUGAGGAACAAGGGAGGCACCUCAGCCAAGUCAAAGAGUGCGCUCAGCAUCAGCUGAGCCUCCUGAACGAGGUGCUGGAUGUCAGCAAGAUCGAGGCCGGGAAAAUGCUGCUGGACAAUGCUCCAUUCGACCUGGUUCACUUAUUGGAGUCCCUGAUUGAUGUCAACGGCGUCCAAGCUGCUAAGAAAGGACUCGAACUAUGCCUAGACAUCCGAGGUGGGAUCCCUCAGAAGCUCUUAGGAGACGCUACCCGAAGCAGGCAGAUCUUUGCGAACCUGCUCAGUAACAGCAUGAAGUUCACAAAGGCGGGUUACAUCGCCGUCCGGUGCUCUCCCGCAAAUGCUGACGUCAGUCAAGUAGAGCCGGGCAAGAUCAGGCUAGCUUUCGAGGUUGAGGAUACCGGGUGCGGCAUUCCGCCGGAGAAGCGGACCCUCGUUUUCGCGGACUACUCCCAAGCGGACGGCGCCGCGACGGCGCAAAGCUACGGCGGCACGGGGCUAGGCCUGGGUAUCGUCAAGAAGCUGGUGCAACUGAUGGGGGGGGAGGUGUCCAUACUGGACAAGGACACCCCCGGUUGCAUCUUCGGUUUCGACCUCGUUUUCCAGACGGUCGAAGGGGCCGGAAUGUCGCGCCCCGGCCGGCGCGGAACCGCCAGCGGCGGAGUGCCGGAAUCGUCGUUCCAGGGCAGCGCAAAGAGCUCUGGGGAUCCCUCACGGCUGCCGCUUGCCGGGUUCAAUCUCGUCUUUGGGCACGCCAACUUCCUCGCGCGGUCCAUCACCGCGGGCGCGCUGCGCGAGGGGGGCGCGACGGUCGUCGAAGCGGUCAGCUGGGACGAGGCGUUGCUGGCGCUUACCGUCUCGACCGGCUUGAACAGCCGCAGGAGCACGCGCCCGAGCCAGGCCCCGCUGCCGCGAGUUUCGAGCCCGGAGGAGUAUCUCGACCCGUCGAACGCUCAGUCAGAGAUCAGCGCUUGGACCAGAAUCGACGAAGAAGCGGACGAGAUUGCUGAGGCGACCGGAGGAAACGUCAGGCGUUCCAGCUCUCUCCGGUCGCGGGCGCCAUCUAGAAGACCUUCAAGCGCGCGCACGGAGAGUAACGCGAGCGCGCGCGCGUCCGACGGCGGAGCGGACGCGUUUUUCAUGGAGUGCGCCGUGCUUGACGUGGCCCUCCUGCCCGGGUUUCCGGAUGUGUCUCGGUUGGAAGCAGAGCUACAGAAGCUGACAAAGGCCUUAGAAAAAGGUCGGGAGGUGCGCCGGAGCGGUGUGGUCGUCGUGUGGAUCGUCAGCGGCAGCACGCCGGCGGACGUCCGCAAAGCGCUGCGCCGACACGGUUUCGGACACGAGGUGUCCAAACCCCUGUACCCGUCAAAGAUGGAGCACCUCCUGCUGUCGCUGGCCAAAUCACCUAGGGCAAGCGGCGAGACGCCGGAGGACCCGCACGUGGUCCUUGAAGUGGACGGCUCCGAUGCGUCCAGCUCGGACGUGGUCCCUGAAAUCGACGGCUCCGAUGCGUCCAGCUCGGACGUUUUGCUGCCGGGCAGCACGAUGCCUCUCCCGGGACUCAGUAAAAGCGGUUCGGUGUCAGGUUCUCGGGGCCAUUCCAAGAAAGCGGCCCCGGGGGGCGUUGCCCUCAAGCUUCCGCUGUCCGGCCUGUCGGUUCUGGUCGCGGAAGACAACCCGGUGCUGCGCCAGCUCGCGGUGCGCAGCCUCGAAUCGCUCGGAGCUGACGUGGAGACGGCUUGCAACGGCCAAGAAGCGGUGGAUGCCCUCCACGUGGCAGAGGCCAGCGCGAACCGGCCGUUCGAUCUGGUGCUGAUGGACUGCCAGAUGCCCGUCAUGGACGGAUACACCGCCAGCCGUCAGAUCCGGAGCGAGGAACUAGAGUCGCCGCAGAAACGGCGCGUGGCCAUCAUUGCCCUGACAGCGGACGGGAGCAAAGAUGCAGAGCGGCUCUGCCUCGACGCGGGCAUGGACGGGGUUCUAACGAAGCCAGUGAAAGUAGACUCGCUAGCAGAACUGGUCAACAAAUUGGUGGUGAAAGGAAAUGGAGAAGUCGCAGCGGUGCAGCGAGUCUAG